UAUAAAUCGAAAGGGAAAGUACAAAAAAAUAAAAGGAUAGUCAUAUCACAUCACGUAUAUGUAAUUUGUAGACUAAUUACUAAGUUAUUUCACAACUAAACAGCUUUAACCGAAAAGUUUAUAUAACAUCGUGUUUAAUAAUGUUGUAUAAAAUACAGUGACUCAAAUAUAUAAUAUAACUUGAUAAAUUUUUCGAGUAAGUUGAUACCUGCCGUUGCGUCAGUUCCAAGAAUUUCUCCAAAAGCGGAUAGUAAACAAAGAAAAUCAUGGCUUUGGAUAGACAUUUACGGCUAGACUCGCAGGAAGGGAUAUCUUUUGUCAGAAAUAUACACCUUGAUUCCAUGGAAGAAGAUGUCUUGUAUCACUUGGCACUAAGCAACAAAUCACAUGACCUAAAAGAAAUAUUUGGUGAUGUGAAGUUUGUUUGUUUUGGUGGAUCACCAUCUCGGAUGGAGAAGUUUGCACAUUACAUGGUAGAUCAGCUGAAGUUUAAGUUAACACCAGGGCAGACCCUAUAUAACAUCUCAAAAGGAUCAGAUAGAUAUGUGUUAUAUAAAAUGGGACCAAUCAUCUCAGUUAGCCAUGGUAUGGGAAUUCCAUCUUUGUCUAUUUUGAUUCAUGAAAUUCUGAAGCUGCUUCAGCAUGCUGGGUGCGAUCCUUCAGAGGUGGUUUUCUUCAGACUGGGAACCAGUGGUGGACUAGGGUUAGAUGCUGGAACAGUGGUCAUAUCUGAAGCAGCUGUUGAUGGAAUUCUUAGAUCAUACAUGGAAAUUCCAACAUUAGGACUUAUUAUACAACAUCCUGCCAAAUUAGAUGAAGCACUAAACAAAGAACUUCUGCAAAUUUCUACAGAAAUUGGAUGCAAGUCAGAGUUAGGAAAGACUAUGUGUACAUAUGAUUUUUAUGAAGGUCAAGCAAGGUUAGAUGGAGCAUUUUGUGAUUAUACAGAAGAAGAUAAACUAGCUUUCCUUAAGAGAGCCCAUGAGAGAGGCGUCAGAAAUAUAGAAAUGGAAUCCUUAUGCUUUGCUGCCAUGACACAUCGAGCUGGUGUCAAAAGUGCUGUAUUAUGUGUAACUUUGUUAAAUCGUCUCAACGGUGACCAGAUAAACACUCCACAUGAUGUAAUGGAGGAAUGGCAAGCUAGACCUCAAAGAAUUGUAGCUGCUUACAUUAAAAAGAAACUUGGAAUGGAAUAUAAAAGUUAAUAGUAUUUUUAAAGAAUAUAGGAUGAUAACUGGGAAAAGUUUGACCAGCAAAUAGCAAUGCUUCUUAUAGCAUAAUACGCUCACUUUAAUUAUAAUUAACAAUUUACUUUUGCAAUACAGUCAAAUUUAAUACUAGUUAUGACUGAAAAUGACAUUUGUUCCACUUAGCAGCAAAAACUGUUAUUUAAUUUUAAAUAUUUCAUUUUAAAUUUUCAUUUGAAUGUGUAGUAAAAACUAAGGUACUCCUGUUUAUGACAGAUUUCUCAAAAUCUUUUUUCCUAUUAAUUCAAAGAAAUCUGCUGGUCCUCACUAUUAUAUCUUUUAAAAAGUACCAAAAAUGUACGUCAUUUGCAACAUUUUAGACCACCACUUCUGAGAACUCUAUUUUUAUGAUUCAGAUCUAAUCCACCAAAAACAUGCUUAACAUAUGCUUAAGAUGUACAUGUUAAUCUAUGAUAGUUUAAAGGGGAAUCACAAUUAUGAUUUAAGAUUUCACAUUAAAUUUAUCACACAAGUUAGUCUCUAUAUCAAAGUGUUAACCAGUUACUGUAAAUUCAGAAAUUAUUGCGUGCAUUUAUUAUUGCGAUUUUGUAAUUUUAGACUACAUUACAAUUUUAUUUUUUGAAAUAUUGAGAAAAAUCCUGUUGAAUUCAAAUAAAAUAUUUCAAAAUGGAAGUUUAAAUCAUUGCAUUCACAACUGUGUCGCAUUUUUUGCAAUAAUAAAAAUCUCGCAAUAAUUUCUGAAUUUACAGUAAUCGUAUUAAAGAAUUUAACUAGAAUGGAACUUAUAUCUGUUAAUCACUCACUAAUCAAUCCAAUGAAAAGAUGCAUUCUGAGAGUACCUUAGAUUUUAAGUAUGAUAGCUUUUUUAUGCUUUUUUUAUACGCAGAGCUUAUAUUUUCAAAGCUUUCUGUUAUUAUAGAGUUAGUCUUAAAAGAUUUCAGUUUAAAAAAAAAAUAUUGUUCUACGCAACAACAGGUGUUUUGGCUUUUGCUGAUUUAAAAAUUUACCUUGAAAAUAUAUUAAAAAAAAAUUAUUAUCAGAAUGAGCAAUAUAUGGAAAAAGAUUUGUGUUAUGUGCUAAUUUAUCUUAGAUGUUGAUUUAUUUUUUUGUUAAAUUUUAUUUAUUGUAUUAGUUUAUUUUGCCAUAAUAUUGUUCUAUAAAUUUGCUUCUAUAUGCUUAAUUUAUUAAUCAUCUAGACAAAUUAUAUUUGUUAAUCAUCUACCAAGGUAAAUAUUUUCGUUGUAAUUUAUUUUGAAAGUCAUGCAUUCCUUCUUUUAUUUAUUUGACAUAUCAAUAUAUAUCAUGUGCCUCACUUUAGGAAAGGACAAUUCUCCCAAUCAUUCAACCCUGUCUGUCAGAAGCACAAAGACAGUACCUAUUUGUAACUUCUUUUACUCUUUUAUUUAUUCUUUAAUCUAUGAACAGAUUAGAAUUAUUUUAUCUGAGGUUUUUCAUGAAUUUAACUUACUUAUUUUAUCAACUAAUGCUGUAAGGCGUAUCCAGUUAGAAUAUAUGGUAAAUCCAACAGUUUUUUGUUUACAUUAUUUAAACUCUGCAUUUAUAGCCAAAUUGGUAAUUUUCCCAUUUCAAGAAGUAGAAAAGAUAUUACACUUUAUAAUUUUCCAAUCUUUAUUGGGCUGAGAGAAUUCUUUAAGCAACUAUUUGCUAAACAAAGAAAAACAUUUCCUGUCUCAUAUUUAUAGGGAGGUAAAGAACAUUAACUUUUAUAACUAUAAAGAAAUGCCUUCCAUUAAAGGAAAUAAUUCUUUCCAAAGGGAGAUAAUUAACAUUAGAUGAAGACAAUAAAAGUGUCCCAGUUAUGCAUACAUUCCUUUUGUUGUCGAGCCUUCGACUUUAGUCGAAAAAGCGAGACUAAGCGAUCCUACAUUCCGUCGUUGUCGGCGGCGUCCACAAAUAUUCACUCUGUGGUUAAAGUUUUUGAAACUUUAAUAACUUUCUUAAACUAUACUGGAUUUCUACCAAACUUGGACAGAAGCUUGUUUAUGAUCAUAAGAUAGUAUCCAGAAGUAAAUUUUGUAAAAAUAAAAUUCUAUUUUUUCCGUAUUUUACUUAUAAAUGGACUUAGUUUUUUCUGUGGGGAAACAUAAAAUUCACUCUGUGGUUCAAGUUUUUAGAAUUUUAAUUACUUUCUUAAACUAUCCUGGGUUUGUACCAAACUUGGACAGAAGCUUGUUUAUGGUCAUAAGAUAGUAUCCAAAAGUAAAUUUUGUAAAAAAAUUAAUCCAUUUUUCCGUAUUUUACUUUUAAAUGGACUUAGUUUUUCUGCGGGGAAACAUUACAUUCACUCUGUGGUUAAAGUUUUUUAAAUUUUAAUAACUUUCUUAAACUAUCCUGGGUUUGUACCAAACUUGGACAGAAGCUUAUUUAUGAUCAUAAGAUAGUCAUAUAGUAUCCAGAAGUAAAUUUUGUAAAAAGAUAACUCCAUUUUUUCUGUAUUUUACUUUUAAAUGGACAGUUAACAUUGCAUACAGUCUGCAGUUAAAAGUUUUCAAAACAUUUAUUAGAUUUAUUAACUAUCCUAGAUUUUUACCAAACUUGGACAGAAGCUUCUUACAAUUAUAAGAUAGUAUCAAGAGGAAUAUUUUUAUUGAUUUUUUUCCUCAUUUUUGUUGAGCCUGCGAUUUACAGCAAAAGUAGGCGAGACACUGGGUUCCGUGGAACCCUUACAAAUUUUUUAUUUUCAAAUUUAUACCAGUUUACAAUGUGUGGCUUAAUUUAUGAUUAUUGAUUUCCAGUUUUUACCAUACUAUUUUUUGAGGGAAUGUUUGAAUAUAGAAAUCCUUAAAUUUGAAAUCCUUGUUUAUUCUCUUGCCUUGGCCUUGAGCUUUAGAAGUAAGAAUUUUAAGCUCUAGUCAGAAAAAAUUUCAUAUUUCAUCCUACAGUCUGUUACCUUGUUGGCUAGCAUGCUAAAUGUCUGACCCAGCAUGUCAAUCUAUAUAGUAGCAGAGUAUAUAUUAUUUUCACAUUAAAGUUUUUUCAUUUGAAUAUACAUGUAAUAUUUGUUGUUGGGACAUUAAGCAGCUGGUUUUUUUUACCAAUCAAACAAUCAGUUACCAUAUUGUACAUCUCUGAUAGUUUGUUGAUUCUUCCUUACAUUUUUGAUUUGAUUGUAACAAAUAUCUGUGUUAUUGGGUCUGCUCUGCAUCUCCAGUAAAACUACAUUUGUGACUGUCAAAUUCCAAAUUGACAAUUGCAAUUUUUCAAACAAUGUACUGUUAUUUCAUUAUUAAAACUUAAAAUAUAUAAAAGACCCUUUUAAAAUGGGACUUACAGAAAUUAGCGAGUUAUACCAAAUGUGCAAUACAGGCAUCGUACCACCACUUUGAAAUCCCUAUCUACUUAUUCAAUAGCACAAUUUUUUGUCAGAGUAGGGCUACUUUUUCAUCUAUGUGUUAUUGUAUUUCCUGAAUAUAAAACUUUGAAUUUUCGAAAAACUAAGGAUUUUCUUAUCCCAGGAAUAGAUUACCUUAGCCGUAUUUGGCACCACUUUUCGGAAUUUUAGAUCCUCAAUGCUCUCCAACUUCGUACUUGUUUGGCUUUAUAAAUAUUUUGAUAUGAGCGUCACUGAUGAGUCUUAUGUAGACGAAACGCGCGUCUGGCAUACUAAAUUAUAAUCCUGGUACCUUUGAUAACUAUUAAAAGUUAAUUACAAAACAUGUAACAAAGAGGUAUGAUGCUUUACUGAAAUCUGUUAAUUAUUUUAUUUGUGCUAUUAAGUAAUUUGACAUUAGUUCUGUCUUUAUAUCACCUUAAGGAAUGUUUAAAUGAAUGUUGAGUGUUUUGUUGUUGAUAAUUUUCAGGGUUAAGAUAUGAUUACCAUAUAUUAAGACUGAUGUAGAUAUUACAUAUCUUAUUUUAUUUUCAGUGAAUCUCUAUCUUUCAAAAUGUUAUGCAUGGUACAUGUGUUUUGUAUAUUCUUUUUACUUUGUUUGAUUGAUAUUUUUGGGGUACAUUAGCAGAAAGUGUGUAAUAAUCAAUACAAUAACACCCAAACAUAACAGUAACUCUGCAAUAAGUAUAAGAAUAUAUCUUUAACAUGCAGAUCGAUAUAUUUAUUAACAUAUUUUGAACAUAUAAUUACCUUUAAAUUUUAGUUUCUACUUAAAAGUUCUUACUUAAUAAGCAGUUAAAAAAAAGUGUCAAUGCCAACUUGCCAAGUGAAUACUGGAGUACAGGGGGUUCUAUAUUUCUGCUUUUAUAACAAAAGCACCUGCUCUUAUUAAAUAUGUAUUUUAUAUAGAUGUUAACAUUUUUAUAUUAAAUUAAUUCCUUGUUAUACUUGAUUAUUGAUUAAUGAUUUAUUCAUUAUAUUCUCUGUUUUAUAACUCAAAGUUUUAUAAAUUCAUGUAUCCAAUAUUUACGUGUAACACCAAAGAUUUUAUACAUUCUGACCAGAAUAUAAAGUACAAUUUCUCACUACCUCGUUUUUUGUUAUGAUGUCAAUUAAACACUGAAAAGUUUAAUGAAAUUAUAACAAAUUGUUAAAAAGAAUCAAAUUUUACAAAUGUUUAAAUUAUUUCAAUACGCCCAUAUAUCAUAUUUUUCUUAAUUCAGAAUCAGUGAUUAACCCUUUCCUUAAAGGAAAUUAUUUUUAACAUACUUCAUUGGCAUAGGAUUUUUUCGAUUAAAAAAAUCAUCUGGUUUAAAGUAUUAAAAUGCAUUGGUAAAACGAAUAUUUCAUUAAUGAAAUUCCAGUCACAUAUUCUCAUGAAUAUCCUUUUUAUAUAAAAUACAAAUUUUAUAAAGUCUGAUUCAGAUUUGUCUUAGGUAAGACCUUUCAACUUAGGCACUUCACAAGGUUCAAAAGGUGUCAUUAUGGAGUAAAGGGGGUGGCGUUAAAAGGCGUAAUUAUGGAGGAAAGGGUUCAGUAAAAAGAUGCUAAAGCAUAAUUUUCUUGUAACUUUAAUGUGUUCAAAAAUUGAAAUUAUUACAGUUUAAAAUGUUUGUACUUUUUACACUUUUUAUGUAUUUUUGUAACUUGUUGCACUAUGUGUCCCUGUUUGCAUGUAGGCUAAAUAAAUAUUUUAAAACAUAA